AUGUCUGCGAAACAAUUCUCCAGCCAGCACCUUCACACCCUCAAAACACAUAAUGGCAAGCUCCCCGCAGCUCCACACCCAGGCCCGGUCAAUGCCAUCACAUUCUCCAGCUCCCCGGGAACCUACCUGCUAACAGGAUCCUCCGAUCGCUCAAUCCACCUCUCGCGUGCAGUCCCCAGCAGCACGAACACGUACCCCGCAGAAUCCACCGCCCCAAUCCAACGCUACGAAGCCCACGGCUACUCCGUCCUCGACAUCGCCGUGACCGCAGAUAAUGCGCGCUUCGCCAGCGUGGGCGGAGAUCGUGCGGUGUUUCUCUGGGAUGUGGAACAGGGUAUUACAACGCGUCGCUGGAGCGGACAUAAUGCGCGUAUUGAAACGGUGCAGUUUGCGGGUGAGGGGGAUGCGGUUGUUGUUUCUGGCAGCGCAGACACAACGAUAAAUCUCUGGGACGCCCGUGCCUCCUCCCCAAAACCUCUCCAGACCCUCCCCGAAGCCACCGAUACCGUUUCCACACUUCACGCGCACAUGCCAACAUACUCCAUAUCCAGCGGGAGCUACGACGGACGCGUACGGAUCUACGACAUUAGGAUGGGACAGACGACUGUCGACGUCCUUGGUGCUCCGGUGACGAGUGUACGGUGCUCGGGGGAUGGCAAUGCGGUGCUUGCCAGUACAUUGGAUGGAAGGAUUAGGGUGCUUGACCGGGGAGAUGGGAAAUUGCUCAAGGCUUUUCCAGGAGAGAAAGAGAAAGAGAAAGAGGGGAAGGGACCGGUUUAUCGGAACGAAGAGCUGCGAAUUCGAUCUGUUUUCGCUGCAAAUGAUGGGGUUGUGCUUAGUGGGAGUGAAGCUGAGAAGGGUGAGGAGGAUAAAAGAGCUUGGGGUGGACGGUUUGUUCAAGCAGGUAUUCAAUCACAGUCGCAAUCCAAGAAGCAAGCUCAAGCGUAUGUGUUUGCUUGGGAUGUGCUGAGUGGUGAGGCUAUCGCGAGUGUUCCUGCUGGGGAGGGCGUGAGGGCUGUUAGUUGUGUGGCGUGGAAUGAGAAACGGGGGCAGUGGGCUGGGGGGUGUUCGGAUGGGACUGUUAAGGUGUAUGGUUGA